UUCCUACUGUUCAUGCAGCUUCUGUAUCCGGAUAUAAAGUGUCGAGACUCAGCACAGAUCAGGCGAAGACUUCUGACUGCUGCACACAUGACUGCAAAGAUGAUUUUCUUUUCAGUAAAUGCUUUUUUAUUGGUUGCAUAUUGCGUUUUUCGUAGGAUUUUUGUUCAUAGGAAGGCUUUCACUGGCACUGCCAAACUGUAUGGGAAAACAGUCAUUGUAACGGGUGCCAACAGUGGCAUUGGGAGGGCGACUGCUGCACAGCUGGCCCUGAGAGGAGCCAGAGUGAUUCUGGCCUGCCGCAACAAACAGAGAGGAGAAGCGGCAGCUCAAGCAAUCAGGAAGGAAACUGAGAACGAUGCUGUGAUCUUCAUGCACCUGGAUCUUGCAAGUCAGAAAUCCAUCCGAUCUUUUGCCGAAACCUUCCUGAAGACCGAGCCAAGACUAGACCUACUCGUCAAUAACGCGGGAUUAGCCACUACAGGACGCAAUGAAGAUGGCCUCGGGAUGAUCCUUGCUGUCAAUCAUAUUGGUCCAUUCCUGUUGACCAAUCUUCUGUUGGAGCGUCUGAAGGAGUGUGCGCCCAGCAGGGUGAUCAACGUGUCGUCUUUGGUUCAUCAUGUGGGUACUAUUGAUUUUGACUGCAUCAAUACGCACAAGACGCUCAAUCUGGGAUCAUCAGACUAUGAUGUAUUCUGGGACUACUCCAGCAGCAAGCUCUGUAAUGUGCUCUUCACCCACGAACUGGCCAAGAGACUGGAGGGAACCAACGUCACAUGUUACAGUGUCUAUCCAGGGUCUGUAAAAACAGAGCUCAACCGUGACAUCAAUGAAUGGUUUACGUGCAUUCUCAAGUUCAUUAUUGGCACCUUCUUGGUGACCGACGCAGUGUCCGGGGCUCAGACGACGCUGUACUGCGCACUGCAAGAGAACAUCGAGCACCUGAGCGGAAAAUACUUUUCUGACUCUCAGGUGAUGCAAGUCAAGCCCGAGGCCAGAGAUGAUGGAAUCGCCAAAAAACUGUGGGAUGUUAGUGAGAAGUUAUGUGGCAUUGCUUGAAUACACAGAAACAGACAGUGCUGUGAGAAAAGUGCUGUAUUAUGUUGAUUUUGGUCAUUUUUCUUUCAGUAUAUUAUGUGUCCUUCAGGCAGAGUGAGAAAUAUCAUAAUUACAAGUUCUGAGUGCACAAAGUCUUAUUUACAAGCAGGAAACUUCUUCUUCUUAUUUACAAGCAGGAAAAUUCUAGAUCAAACGACUUGCAGAAUGGUGAUUUGGAUUUGUCUUGUUUAUGUGUUGGAAAUACUGAUCUAAAAUCUAGAUUUAUAUUUAGUUGUGAAUGAUUUUUUUUUUUUUUUAUAAUUAAAAUAAAAUAUUUAAAGUUGUUGAAUGGCUGUUGACUGGUUUAAAUGAUUUUGUGCUGUAUAAGACCUUCCAAAUCAUUGUUGCAUGACCCGGCUGCAUCUAAGCCCUGGGGGGUUGGAUAUUGUUGAAAGUGACCCACUCACUGUUGUUGCAAAGUAUGUGCAAUGUCUUAUCCAGUUUAUUCCUAGUCUGCAGAAUUGUUGGCCCAUGUGGUCCUGUGAUGAUCUCUCUCUGUCUGUAAACUCCAUGGAGGUCGUGAAAGACCAGAGGCAGAGGAGACUAGAAGAAAUAAGAGAAAGUAAGAAAGAGAUGGAAAGGAGUUAAAAAGAAGGAAAGAAAGCAAGAAAAUAGAGUGAAAACCUCCACUGUGUCCAGAGCAUUUGGACGACUGGACUGGCAUUUGGACGAAUGGCACCAGGGUGACAAGGGGACAUGGUUUUCCCCUGCCAGGUGGCAAUGGUAUUUGGACACAAUUGCCAAUUGUCCCAGGGAGUACACGGAGAUCCCCCUGGUGGAGCGGUCCAUUGCGAUGCAAUUAUGUCCAAUUAUGGCCACCUGGCAGGGGAAAACCAUGUCCACUUUUCCAGCCUUGUAAAUACUUGUCUUGUCUAACUGGAAGCGCUUACUGCCCUACUCGCUAUAGCAUUGCUGCAGGUUCAUCAAGUACUGAUCACGAGGGUGGUCACAACCCAGCGGUUCUGAAAGAGCUACAGAGGGCAACUGACCUUGCGCUUUGGACGACAAAGGUCACUGUGUGUUCGCUGGGUCGUGUGAUGUCCACAUAUGCAGUCCAGGAACGCCAUCUCUGGCUGUGUCUGGCUGAUAUGAGGGAUGCCGACAAGACCUGGUUAUUGAAUUCUCCCGUGUUCCAGACUGGCCUUUUUUUAGCAACACGUUUGAGAGUUUUGCCCAACAGUUCUCGGCUGCACAAAAGUAGACAUAGGCCAUAAGACAGAGGUUCUCAACCUUUUGGAACUAAAGCCCCCCCAAACCUCCCCUAUCAUGUGGCAUGCCCCCCCACCCCCUCCAACGCCCACCAAUAUAUAUCCUAGAUCCUAGGGUUUUCUUUUUUUAACCUUUUUUGUAUUUUUGUACUUUGUUAUACAUUUCAUAACUUAUGAUUUUUAAAAUAACUAUUAUGAGUUUUAUAAAACUAUAUAAAAGGAUAGAUAGGUAGAUAGAUGAUAGAUUUUGAACAUAAGAACUUAAAGUAGCCUAUAAGUUGUAACGUGUAAACGCUAAAUAACGUGUAAGUAUUAUUUUACGUGUAAGGCAUGUUGCAUUUCAUUCGUUCUUUGCAUUCUUCAAGCAUUCGCAUACUAUCCGCCCUAAAUAAUAUUCAGUACUAUUUAGGGCGGAUGUUAUACGAAGUUGGACGCGGGCGUGUCUGCGUCUCAGCCAUGGCACCGUUAAAUCAAUCAGUGGGACACCUGCGCUUGCUUCUUUUUACAAAGAAGCACAUUUCGCGGUUCAGUGUUGGACAGCGCAAGCCUCAGGUCAUCUUCCACCUGGAGCCGAUUUCGGUACUUGGUUUUCAAAGCCGUCAAUGUUGAAAACCCGGCCUCGCACAGAUAAGUUUAAGUUAUAGUUCAGACACAGGCCGGGCCUUGGGUCUGUUUUAGGCUUCUCCUUAUUUUGAUAUUUUAUACAUACACCAAUUAUGGUGAUGAAAACAAAUUUCCGCGCGCUGGUGGAAACACCACGAGACUUCACUUUUGCUUUCACUUUCGAGACUCGGAAAGCGUUUAGUGUCUCCGCCAGCAGCAGCAAAUCAGCGCAGCUGGAAGAGAUCCGCGUUCAAGCGCACGCAAUAGGCUGAAAAUGCCACAAAGCACCAGCAAACGUAAUUACAAUAAAUGUGUCGGGGGAAAUAAUGAGAUAUUUGAAUUAUUUAUUAAUAAACCAGUGUUUUCAGUGUCGCAAGGAUGAAGUUGCCGAUCCUGACUCACCAUCUCCUCUCUGGACGCGCCUUUAGAGAAAUACAUCUUUACAGAUUACAUACUGAAAGAGUUUUUGUGACAGAGUAUUUGUUUUAUUUCGUUAAUUAAUAAUUUCAAGCUUUCUAUAGAUAUAUGUAUCAUGUCUGUGAGGUAUGUAUUUGCUGAGUUUCGGUUCAUUUUUGUGAAGCGCUCCUGUUGAGGCAACAGAAAGCACACCAUGUUUGUUUUCUUUAUUUAAUAAAAGCACCUUUUGCAACGUUUUGUUGAUGUUGUGAGUGCACACAAAUAAAAGUUGACCCUUAACAGUUGCGAAAGAUGUAUUAUGAGCAAAAAUGACGGAAUAUUUAAAAUUGUUUACACUGAAAAAAAAAUGCAAGUAAUCGCGCUGGCGCCUCAAUGUCCUGCAAUGCGCCUGUAGCUUACAAAUUUGGGUAUGCGUCUAAUAGCGCACAAGUUUAACGUUGCAACUAACAUUGUUUUAUACUUGAACUCUUUUGGCCCUAUAUCUAUAGAUUUUAUUUUAAGCAAGUCGUGAUGAUUUGAGAAGGCAAAAUUGAUCAAACAGUCCUUACUUUAAAAAACAAAAACUUUAGGCUAUAUUUAAUGAACAAAAAUGCUCCAAACGUUUUUCUAAAUUAAUU